AUGUCUUUAUUUCAAGUCGAAGGUUGGAAUUUAAAAACUGAUAAAGUUGCCUAUGGCAAUGCAAACCAAAAGAAAACUAAAACUAAAACUAAAACUAAAACUAAAGCAAAAAAAUCUGCAAAACAUUCAAAUGAAUCAAAACAAAUCGACGAUGCUCAGAAGCACAACGAAAAUACAGAAGAAGUCUUCGAAGAAGCUAUAACUAAUAAUGAUGCAGAAAAUGAUGCUACCGAAAAGAAAUCUAAAAAACGUAAGAGAAAGCAUAAUGAUAAGGAUAUCAAAGAGGAGCCAGAACAAAAGCAAUCGCAUGUUGAAAUGCCAGCCAAAAAAUUAACUCCAUUACAACAAAAAAUGAUGGCAAAAUUAUCUGGAUCUAGAUUUAGAUGGAUUAACGAGCAAUUAUACACCAUCCCUUCUAAGGAGGCAUUAAAACUUGUUACUGACCAGCCUCAGAUUUUUGAUGAGUAUCAUGAUGGGUUUAGAUCACAGGUCCAGACAUGGCCAGAAAAUCCAGUUAACGUCUUUGUUGAACAAAUACGUGCCAGAUCCAAGAGACCUGUUAAUGCACCAGGUGGUUUACGUGGUUUAAAAGAUAAAACUAUCGUAAUUGCCGAUAUGGGAUGUGGUGAAGCUCAGUUGGCACUUGAUGUUAAUAAAUUCUUUAAAAGCUACAAUAAAUCGGCUAAAAAAAACCACCUAAAGAAACAUAUCGUUCAUAGUUUUGAUUUAAAGAAAGCUAACGAAAGAAUUACUGUUGCGGAUAUUAAAAACGUUCCUCUAGAAGAUAAUUCUUGUUCAAUUGUAGUUUUUUGUUUAGCAUUAAUGGGUACUAACUUUUUAGAUUUUAUUAAGGAAGCAUACAGAAUCUUAGCACCAGAUGGUGAAUUAUGGAUUUCCGAAAUUAAAUCCAGAUUUGCAGAUGGCAAAGGUGAUGAAUUUGUGAAUGCAUUGAAAUUAUUAGGGUUUUUCCAUAAAACAACCGAUGAUAGUAAUAAAAUGUUUACUAGAUUUGAAUUUUUUAAACCUUCUGAAGAUAUUAUUGCUGAAAGAAGAGCCAAAUUAGAAAGAAGACAGAAAUUCAUAGAGGUCGAAACUGAAAAAGAAGAAUUAGAAACAAAGAGACAAAAGAUUGCUGAAGGUAAAUGGUUAUUAAAACCGUGCAUCUAUAAGAGAAGAUAG